AGCGAGCGGCACCUUGAAAGCCUCCCCGCGGGCCGGCGGAGGGAGGCGCCGGCGACACCGGGCAGGUGGCGGCCGGGCCGGGCUGGCGGCCGCGGAGCUGGGGGAGCCGCGCCGCGGGGACGGCCGGAGCAAAGCCUAGGAAGACUUGGAAUGUCAGUCAUUUACUGUCUCAGAAUAUCACGUAGUUGGUGCGUGGCAUAACACGUUUUGACUAAUGUGACUUUCAUCUUUAUACCUCAUAAGUAUACAACAAAGGAAAAACAAUGAGGGAUGAUUUUGUAAAUCAUGCAGAAAAGGACCUCUCUGAUGCUGAACCUGCAAGCGAGGGAUAUGACAACCCUUCUUUCCAACAUGAGGAAAAUCUUCAACAAAGUGAUGAGUUAAAGACCAAGAAAAAAAAGAAGCAAAAUGAGAAGCCAGAGAAAAAGGUGGUUAGCAUUUUUGAACUGUUUCGCUAUGCUGAUUGGGUGGAUAUACUUUUGAUGAUAGUUGGUUUGAUAGCAGCUGCUGCAAAUGGUACUGGAUUACCACUUAUGAUCAUUAUCUUCGGAGACAUGACAAACAGUUUUGUGCUAAGUGGCCUGAAAACAAAUGCGUCAGAAGAUACUUCAGUAAAUGGGUCCAGUUGUCCAUCAAUUCCAGGGAUGGAUAUAGAAGCUGAAAUGACAAAAUUUGCUUACUACUAUGUUGGAAUUGGCUGUGCUGUGUUGAUACUGAGCACCAUCCAAGUGUGGACAUUUUUGGUUGCUGCUACAAGGCAGACAGCAAAGAUCCGGCAAAAGUUCUUUUUUGCAGUACUUCAUCAGGAGAUGGCUUGGUUCGACGCUAUCCAGAUUGGAACGCUGAACAUCAGGCUGACAGAGGACAUCAACACCAUCCAUGAAGGCAUCGGGGACAAAAUCUGUAUAUUUGUACAAUUUUUUGCCACAUUUCUGGCAGGGAUUAUUGUAGGAUUCAUCCACGGGUGGAAGCUGACGUUAGUGAUUUUGUCAGUCAGCCCUCUGCUUGCUGCAUCAGCAGCAGUUUGGUCAACUCUCCUGGCAUCACUUACUGCUAAAGAACUGUCUGCUUAUGCUAAAGCAGGGGCUGUAGCAGAAGAAAUCUUGACAGCUGUGAAGACUGUUGUGGCUUUCAAUGGACAAAAAAAGGCAAUGGCAAAAUAUGAUGCUAAUCUGGAGUUUGCUAGAAGUGUUGGACUGAAAAAAUCCAUUACCACCAACAUAUCUCUGGGUGUUUCACAAUUUCUGAUCUUUGCAUGCUAUGCGCUUGCAUUUUGGUAUGGAACCAAACUCACUGUGGAGGAGAAAGAAAAUUAUGACAUUGGUCGUGUGUUAAUUGUCUUCUUCUCUGUGCUCAUCGGUGCCUUCUCGCUGGGACAGGCAGCUCCCAAUCUCGAGAGUGUAGCUAAUGCACGUGGGGCUGCCUAUGAAGUGUACAAAGUUAUCAAUAAGAAACGGCUUAUAGAUAGCAGCUCUCAAGAAGGCUACAAACCAGACAAGCUCAUAGGCGAAAUCGAGUUCAGAAAUAUCCAUUUCAAUUACCCAUCCAGACCUGAUGUUAAAGUUCUUAAAGGUCUAAACUUGAAAGUUCAAACCGGGAAGACCAUUGCUCUAGUUGGUGCCAGUGGUUGUGGAAAAAGCACUACCAUUCAGUUGCUACAGAGAUUCUAUGAUCCCAUCCAAGGAGAAGUUACCUUAGAUGGACAGGAUAUUCGGACACUUAAUGUAAAGUGGCUAAGAGAAAAUAUUGGUAUUGUGAGCCAGGAGCCUGUUUUGUUUGCAACAACGAUAGCUGAGAACAUUCGCUAUGGCAGAGAAGAUAUUUCUGAUGCUGAAAUUGAGCAAGCAGCUAAAGAAGCCAAUGCUUUUGAUUUUAUAUCAAGACUGCCUGAUAAAUUUAACACCAUGGUAGGGGAAAGAGGGGCUCAGCUGAGUGGAGGACAGAAGCAGCGAAUAGCUAUUGCCCGUGCCCUGGCAAGGAAUCCUAAGAUUCUUCUUCUGGAUGAAGCUACAUCUGCAUUAGAUACUCAGAGUGAAUCCAUAGUGCAAGCAGCUCUUGAUAAGGCUCGGAAUGGGCGUACCACCAUUGUGAUUGCUCACAGACUGUCUACCAUCAGGACUGCUGACACUAUUGCUGCAUUUGAGAAAGGUGUUGUGGUUGAACAAGGUACACACAGUGAACUCAUGUUGCAGAAGGGAGUCUACUAUUCUCUUGUAAUGCAGCAGGGUUGUAGCAGUAAUGUUCAAGAUGAUGUGACAUCAGAAGAUGAAAACAACAGAAAUGAUCUUGUGCAAGAAUUGACUGGUCAAGUUGAUUUUGAGGAUCUGGAGAUCUUUAAGAAAGGCAGCAUUCGCAGAAGAUCCAGCAGAUAUAAGAGCAGAAGGCACUCUUCUAAGAAGAAAUCCUCUGAAAAAAAGCAAAAAAAGGACCUGGAGGAAGAAAAUCUCCCUGCUGUGUCAUACUCCAGAAUCCUGGCUCUAAACAAACCUGAAUGGCUGUAUGUACUACUAGGAGUGAUUGCUGCUGCUAUUUUGGGUGGAGUCCAUCCUGCAUUUGCUGUUAUAUUUGGAAAAAUCAUUGGGGCUUUCCAAGAGACAGAUCCAGAAAAAAGGAGUAAGAACACUUUGGUGCUUUCUCUAAUGUUUCUUCUACUUGGAGUGAUCACCUUAGCAGCAUACAUAAUCCAAGGAUUCAUGUUUGGAAAGGCUGGGGAAACACUAACUAUGAGACUGCGCUCUUUGUGCUUCAGAGCAUUGCUUCAGCAGGAGAUGGGAUGGUACGAUGAUCAAAAAAAUGCUGUUGGUGUUCUGUUAACCCGGCUUGCUACAGAUGCUUCCCAAGUCAAAGGGGCAACUGGAGCUCGACUUGGACUGAUGACUAUGACUGUCUGUACCCUUCUGACUGCCAUCAUUAUUGCUUUUGUAUAUGGCUGGCGGUUAACUUUGCUUAUCCUGGCCUGCAUUCCUUUCGUUAUUGCUGCAAAUGCAAUAAGCGUUCGCUCCAUGUCUGGUCAUGCAGCAAAAGAUCAAAAAGCUUUGGAAGAGGCUGGAAGAAUUUCAACAGAAUCAGUUGAAAAUAUAAGAACUGUAGCUUCACUGACCAGGGAAGAUGCAUUUUAUGAAAAAUACAUUGCAAGUUUGAGCGGUCCAUAUAGAGAUUCUCUGACAAAAGCCCCUUUCUAUGGAUUUACCUAUGGAAUAGCUCAGUGUGCGAACUACUUUAUUAAUGCAGCAGUCUUCAGAUUUGGGGCAUGGCUCAUUGCCCGUUGUAUCACCAACUUCGAAAAUGUAUUCAUAGUUUAUUCUUCAGUCUUAUUUGCAGCUAUGAAUGUUGGUCAGUCUGCUUCCCUGGCACCAGAUUACGGCAAAGCUAAAAUUUCAGCUCAAAGAAUCUUUCAGCUUCUGGACAGAAAACCUCUCAUUGACAGUUAUAAUGAAGAAGGUGAAAAACUGAGUAAUUUUGAAGGCAACAUUGAAUUCAGGAACAUCCAUUUUGUAUAUCCAUCAAGACCAGAAGUUCAAGUUUUGCAAGGACUCAGCGUGAAGGUUAAUAAAGGACAGACUCUGGCCUUGGUAGGAAGCAGUGGCUGUGGCAAAAGCACAUGCAUUCAGCUCUUGGAGAGAUUUUAUGAUCCUGUGGAAGGACAAGUGUUUGCAGAUGGAUUUGAUACCAAGACUUUGCAUUUACAAUGGCUAAGGUCCAGACUGGGCCUGGUGUCACAGGAGCCCAUUUUGUUUGACUGCAGCAUUGCUGAAAAUAUUCAAUAUGGAGACAACAGUAGGGCUGUAAGUCAGGAGGAAAUUGAAGAAGCAGCUAAAGCAGCAAAUAUUCAUGCCUUCAUUGAAAGACUGCCAGAGAAAUAUAAUACCCGAGUGGGCGAGAAAGGAACACAGCUUUCUGGAGGUCAAAAACAAAGAAUAGCGAUUGCCCGUGCUCUGGUUCGUAAGCCUGCUGUUCUGCUUCUGGAUGAAGCUACUUCUGCACUUGACACAGAAAGUGAAAAAAUCGUCCAGAAAGCUCUGGAUAACGCCCGGCAAGGUCGAACCUGCAUCGUUAUUGCUCACCGCCUGACAACGGUACAGACGGCGGACGUCAUUGCAGUGAUUCAGAAUGGCAGGGUGGUGGAGCAGGGCACUCACAGCCAGUUGUUGGCAAAGGAAGGACAUUACUAUGCACUUGUAAAUGCACACGUCUCUAAUUAGCUCUGUUUGAAGAAAUGUUUGUAGGAAGAGAGGAAAAGCUUACAAUGAAGUAACAUUGGCUGCGUCUGUGGUGGUGAACAGAGCAGCAGCCAGGGACUGUUUUCUAGCCCUGGAACCAUGCGUCACAGCCUGGCCACAUGGCACAGUCCUUGGCCUGCGUACCCAUGAGGGCGAGUGUCGCACACCUCCGGGUGGGUUGUGAAAGCAUGCAGGACAGUCUGAGGAACAAAAUCUUCUGGGAGAGUUGCAGGGGAUCAUGUCAGCUGGUGGGAGUCACACCUGUAGCAGUUUCAUCCGGGCUAUGACUUGGGUAGGGUGUCUGGCUCUUGCGGUGACCAGAUCCUGGCCCAUGCCCACUGGCACAGGCUAACCGGUCGGGACCAGGGAGUACAACAAUGCUUAAUCACCAUGGUUAAGCAGCAGCCUGGUGCUCUUGCUUGCCUGUGGUGUGUCUCACCAGCUAGAUGCAGCCAUAAAUUUUCCUUGAUUUGAUAAAGAUGACUGUUGUUUCUCACUGCUGAGGUUCAAAAUAAAGGCAUUUAUACUAAAUUUAGAGAGAGGAGUGGGUGCUUUCCACUUUAUGGCACAUUUUUGGAGAUUCACUUCUUGGAGAUUCAGUUCUAUUUCCGGCAAUAAUUGUAAUAAUUGUAUGCCUUCUGUGUAGAUAAAUUGACAUAAAAGAUACCAUUGCUUUGUUUAGUGUUUUUCAAUUGUUGACCUAACAAAGCUUAAUCGCUCUUUGCAGUCAUCAGGGUAAUUUCAAAUAAAGUCUUCUGUGGGCUAAGAUGGUUCCGUUGGAGCUGAUUCAUGUUAGCCAUGUAAACA